GUCUGAUUCUCACCUUGCAACUUCGAAUACGUGCCGGCGAACGAAAAAGUCGCCGAGGCUUCGAUGAUUUUACUUUUCCAAUCCAGUGACAAGCAAUUACCCAAGAUGGUUAGUACCUCGGAAACAUCUCAGUUUAGGAUUCCGAGACCGACCCAUUGCCCCGAGUUUCGGAAACCCCAAGACCCCAACUCUCGAGAUGCUUCCCCAGUAAUCCAAUUCAGCUUUCAACCUCCGUCUCAAACAGCAAGUAAAUGAGGAAUUGAGCGAAGUCCAGACUAUAUCAGCCGUGUGAACUCAUAAUGUCGCUCUCUUCCGCUGUACAGUGGGCCAGAUAUUCUAACCAGAACCUGUUUCGAGGGUGCUCUUCGUUCCGUCGCUUCUCAGUACAUCAUGGUCGAUGUUCAGCGGCCGAUUCCUCCGCCUCAGCCAUUGCAGCAUCAUUCUUGUCGCGCUUUCAGUCCCUGGGGCCGCAAACUCGCUCACAAUUUCUUGACGCCAAUCAGCUACAGCUCUUGUCACUCACAUUGAACCGUCCAUCUCUAUACCCGGACACCCCAUCGCUGAGCCAUGCCUCAACCUCAUUGCCGGCUGGCACGCCCCUCCCGCCAGGUUAUCAUCUAGUUUACUUCACUCCUGCAUUUCUGGAAAAUGAACUCGGUGCCGACGGUACUGACGUCUCCUACAACCCGGAGACGCCAUUCACCCGGCGCAUGUGGGCAGGCGGCGAGGUGCAUUGGCCGCGUGCCGCAGAUGGGAGCCCUAACCCAUUGCGCGUGGGACAAGAAGUCCAGGAAACUACGAAAGUACUCAGUGCCGAGCCCAAGAUUGUACGUAAGACGGGAGAGGAGAUGAUCGUAGUGGGCGUAGAGAAGGAGUUUCGCAACGAGCAUGGCGUGGCGGUUAUUGAUCGCCGGAACUGGGUCUUCCGUAAAGCACUAGCCGUGCCAUCUGUAUCAUCUACAGCAAGUGACCCGGCACCAUUACCCUCGGCACCAGCCUCCUCGUCGACUGUCUCAGCAGCCAAGACUCACACCCGCACCUUGAGACAAACAGCCGUUACUCUGUUCCGGUUUUCGGCGUUGACUUUCAACCCUCACAAGAUACACUAUUCGACUCCAUGGGCCCAGCAGAUGGAGGGACAUAGGGAUCUCGUCGUCCACGGCCCGCUUAAUUUGAUCUCGAUCUUGGACCUCUGGAGAGAUACACGGCCAAACACGGCCGAUCCUGCUUCGAUGCUCCCAGAGAGCAUUACGUACCGGGCGACGAGUCCGUUAUACGCAGAGGACGAGUACCAGAUUGUGCUCAAUGAGGAAGAGGAAUCUGGUAUAGGAACAGUGCAAAUCAUUGCUCCUGGCGGAACAGUUGCGAUGAAGGCGGAGGUCAGGUCGGCUGAAUGAAAUAUUGUGGUCCUUCUUUCUGUUAUGGGUCUCGAUUGUUCUCAUCUAAACAUCGUACGUGGGGGGGAAUGUCAAACUCCUUCAACUUCUGG